CGGAGCUCCACCCAAAAGGGGAAGUUCCGCUUUAAAGACAGGUCCCUGCUCCCCAUUAAGGAUUGGCACCUUUGGGGGGUGGAGGGGAGCGGGUACCCGAAUUUGACAGGUACCUGCUCUCACUUCCGCUCCGACCGCCUAGGUGAUCGGAUACCAAGUGGAAGGUGUCCUCCCUUCCUCCCUCCUCGUAGUCUUUUGGGACAUGUGACAGGUCCCAGAAGACUACAGGACCAUUUAGGAAGUGCAGCACUACUCGCGCAUGCACAGUGGAUACCCGGCUGUGAAGCCGCAAGCUGUCACAGCCGGGUGCCCACACUGAAGAUGCCGGUGCCCAGGGAGAGAAGACAGUCAGUAAAAUAGGCUGCAGGGGACACACCGCGGGACCGAGGGACA